CCGCAGGCGUCCCAGCCAUGAGGGCGGCGGUGAGGCUCUGGUUGUCCCUCGCUGCGGUCGCUGCGGUGACGGCGCUGCGGUGCCCCGACGGCGCCUCCGAGUGUCCCCAAAACACCACGUGCUGCGUCGCCGCCGGGGGGGCCUGGGGCUGCUGCCCGAUGCCGGAGGCGGUGUGCUGCCGGGAUGAGGAGCACUGCUGUCCCCGCGCCACCAGCUGCGAUUUGGAGCGCGGACGCUGCGUGUCGCCCGUGGGGGACUUCGCCAUGGCCACCAAAUUCCCAGCGUGGAAGAGGCCGCGUGGUGCCGCGGCGCGACCUCAGCCCCUCGUCCCUGCAGUGGCGCUGCGCCGGCUGACCUGUCCCGACAACAGCUCCGCCUGUCCCGACAGCGCCACGUGCUGCCAGCUGCCAUCGGAGCGCUACGGCUGCUGCCCCCUACAGAACGCGGUGUGCUGCAGCGAUGGGUGGCACUGCUGUCCCCAAGGCACCACGUGUGACCUGCAGCGCUCCAUGUGCACCUCGGGGCGGGACGUGGCGCACGUUGGUGACGUGAAGUGUGACGAUGAGAUGAGCUGCCCUGAUGGGAACACGUGCUGCAGGCUGAGCUCCGGGGAGUGGGGCUGCUGCCCCCUGGAACAGGCCGUGUGCUGCCCCGACCACAUCCACUGCUGCCCCCAGGGCUACACCUGCGACCCCCAGGGGGGGACGUGCCUGCAGGGGGGGGGCCGCCUGCCCUGGCUGAAGAAGAGCCCGGCGCUGCGGGGUCGGGGGGGGGACGUGCGCUGUGACGACAGGACGAGCUGCCCUGAUGGGAGCACGUGCUGCAGGCUGAGCGGGGGCACCUGGGGGUGCUGCCCCUUGGAGCAGGCCGUGUGCUGCAAGGACCACCAGCACUGCUGCCCCCAGGGCUACACCUGCGACAUCGCCACGCAGAGCUGUGAGAAGCUGUGACCCCCCCGGGGCUGUGAGCCCCCCACCCCAAUAAAGGGUUUGUAGGAAAAAAAA